AUGGCAACACGGAAGAAUCAAAGCGGGAAAGAGCCGAUCUCAUCACGGGUUUAUUGUGAUGAUGAUGAUGAUAGUGAUACUAGUGAUACUGAAGAUAGUAGUAAGCGUAAGAUUCGGUCUAGUCAGCCGAUUCAUGUACCCAAGUAUUCUCAGGACGACCUGGAAGAGGGGGAUGAGGAUGAGGAGGAUGAGGAGAAUGAGUUUGAUGAGGAUGAUGUGCAGGACAGUGUUAUGAUGGGUGCACAUCACAGAGAUACGCCUAUGUACAAUCUUAGUAGUUACCCUCCUCCUCGGUACUCCAGUUGUCCCCGGCCUGGUCCUCGCGGUUUACCCUCUCCCCCUACCCCUAUCCCUUCUCCUAUGAGUGGUGAGUGGCGCAGUCCAUAUCAUAGUCUCUCUUUCCCGCAUUCGGGUGAAUUCCCACAGGGUAUAUCCACCGGUAGUCAGCCUCGUCCCCCCCGCCCCGCUCAGGCAUCUCCCCCCUACAUUGAUCCCGUGUCCCCUCACGGAGGUCCCGUCUCCGCUCGAGUAUCUACACGUCCUCCCCCUCUCAUUGAUCCUGUGGGCCCUAGCCGAGGUCCCGGAUCCACUGGACUAUCUACACGUCUAGUUACCACUACUGCAUCAUCAGGCGGCAGCAGCCAGUCGAGAGUUUCUGAUGAAAUUGAUCCGACUACAUGGCUAGUGAUAUAUGAAGUACCUGGUGGGCCGAUAGAUGGUAGCGUGAUUCCUAGCUUCCUUGGGCAUAUUGCUUAUCAUUUCUGGCAUGGAUACAAUAGACCCACAUUGAAGAUUUUUAAAGGCGAAAAGAUUCUGAAUAAGUUGAAGAUGUGGUAUAAAGAUAUGGAUGAUGUAGGAGGGCGAGUUACCCGUGGGGGUAAUGACAGGCCCAGAGUACAUGACUGGAUACCACCAUCUUUUGCGGGGCCGACAUCUGUGCUAGAUCGUCUUCGUCAGGUUAGGGAGCGUCUCGACCGUUUCACCGAGUUAGAGGUUAAUUGGGAGCCAUUUGGACAUGGCCAACAAGGAAUAGUUCCUAGGACUAUCUACAGUGGGUGGAUAAUGCAUAGGAACUUGCAGGAGUCAUACAUGCCGGACAGAUGUAUACGUCAGAGUGGCUACGUACAGAGCAUUCCUCGUUCGCCCAUGUCCCUUGAUGAUGCAUUCCGAGGACCCAGGACUACCCAGUACUUUGUACAGCAUUCUGCUGUUGACACACUCAGUACUUGGAAGAGAUUCCCGGAGCCAGCGUGUCUUAAUUUGACCAGAUGGCGACCCAAUAUCGGUGACAUCGUAGGAGAGUGUGAGGAUGGGUACCUUGAAUGGUACAUGCAGUAUUCACAUCCAUUUCUGCUGCCGACAACUGACCCAUCUGCGGUCUCUACACCAGCUAGGAGCAGUCAGGAUUAUUGGAUGAAUGAAUUGAGGAAGCUGACGAGGGACCUGAUUAGAAAGGUCAAAGUGUCCGAUCGCGACCUGGCUGACGAAUAUGAUGAGAAGCUGCAGGAUACGAUGAUCCGUUAUUACAAGGCCCCAUGA